AUGGCGACCGGCGGCAGCGGUGGCGCCGGGAGCGAUGACGUCCACGGGCUCACGUUUGGCAAGAAGAUCUACUUCGAGCAGGACGCGGCUGCCGCCGCCGGCGGGAGCGCGACGGCGGCGGCGGCGGCGGGCGGCAGGAAGGGGAAGGGCGUGGCCACUGGUGGUGGCGCGGCGGGGGGCAGGCCGGCGUCCGCCAGCGCCGCCUCUGCCACCCAGCCGCCAAGGUGCCAGGUGGAUGGGUGCGGCGUGGAUCUGAGCGCCGUCAAGCAGUACUACUGCCGCCACAAGGUGUGCUACAUGCACUCCAAGGAGCCGCGCGUCGUCGUCGCCGGCAUCGAGCAGCGCUUCUGCCAACAGUGCAGCAGGUUCCACCAGUUACCUGAAUUCGACCAAGGGAAACGUAGCUGCCGCCGACGCCUCAUUGGUCACAAUGAGCGCCGUAGGAAGCCACCACCUGGACCUCUCACUUCACGAUAUGGCCGGCUUGCUGCAUCAUUUCAAGAGCCUGGUAGGUUCAGAAGCUUCCUGCUCGACUUCUCGUACCCAAGGGUUCCAAGCAGCGUGAGAGAUGCGUGGCAAGGAGGUCAGCCCGGCGGUGACAGGAUGCUGGGUGCCAUCCAGUGGCAUGGGUACCAAGAACCUCACCCACACCGCAGUGCAGCUGCGGGCUAUGGCAACCAUGCAUACAACUGCCAUGGUGGCUUGGUGGCAGGGGCCUCAAUGCUCCCCUCUGCUUUUGAGCUCCCGUCUGGCGGAUGUGUUGCAGGAGUUACCACCGACUCCAGCUGUGCUCUCUCUCUUCUGUCAACUCAGCCAUGGGAUACAACCUCCCAAAGUGGCAGCCACAACCGGUCCCCAGCAAUGUCCGCCGCGGCCAGCGCCUUCGAAGGCACCCCGGUGGCGCCGUCCGUCAUGGCAAGCAGCUACACGGCGUCAAGCACCUGGACGGGUUCACGGGACCCCGCCGACGGCGCCAGGAACGCGCAGCAUCACGACGAUGCUCUGCAGCUGGUCCAUCCAGGCCCGGUCCACCACGGCCACUUCUCCGGCGAGCUCGAGCUCGCCCUGCAGGGAAGCGGGCUGCCGCCGCCGCCAAACCUGCCGCACGUCGACCAUGGCAGCUCCAGCGGCACCUUCAGCCAUUCCACCACCAACGCAAUGAAUUGGUCCCUGUAG